AUGGAGAGUAUAGGUUCUGCCGAUCUGUCUCAACUUGAUCCCGACUGUAUCGUUCUGGUAGAAGAUGAUACCAGUUCUCGGGGAUCUGGAGUGGUGGAAGGGCAACGCCUUGGUGCGCUCGCUUCCGAAAGAGUCCAGCAAGAGGAAGCCUCUCUGGUGGAAGACCAAGUUACUGAAGAAGACGCGAUGUCUGCUCCCUCAGCACGAGAUGAUAACGAAGCAGCUAUCAAGGGGCGUCUGCGAGAGAUCAGGCAGCGGCUCGAAGACGUGGAGUCUCAUAUUGCUAUUCUGAAGACAGAACGCGUGCAACUGAGGGAAGAAGAGGCGGAUCUGACGGCCCAGCUCAAGAGAAAUCGUUCGUGUGGUGCACAACGGUGUACUUCCGGUUCUGGUGAACAGAGCCCUCAAGAGCCGGACUGGUCGUCGCGCGACUUCCCCUGGACACCUGCUUUAGAGAAGGCCGCGCUUCGGUUCUUUGGAAUCCAAGACUUCCGAUUCAAUCAGAGAGAAGUGAUGAAUACCGUUCUCUCCUCCCGUGAUGCUCUUCUUAUCAUGCCAACCGGAGGAGGAAAGAGUCUCUGCUUCCAGUUGCCGGCUCUGAUUCAUGGCGCCUCCAGUCACCUGACGCUCAUCGUCUCUCCCCUGCUGUCUCUCAUGGCCGAUCAGGUCGCCGCGUUGCGGGCACUGCGACUCCAGGCUUUUUACUUGUCGGCGACGAGUUUGAAGGAUGAAAAAGAUGAAGCCAGCGGAGUGCUGAAGAGCUUGGAGGGAACGUCUGGCUGUUCCCAGACACAGAAGAGACAAAAAACAGAGAAGGUGGCCGCCGUCUCACCCGACCAGUCUUCGGAUGAACCCGGGGCUGUGUUCUUGUACGUGACUCCGGAGCGAAUCGCAAAGAGCAAGAAGCUUAUGUCUCAGCUUGAAAAGAUUUAUGCUGCGAAAAAUCUUGCUCUGAUUGUCGUUGACGAAGCGCAUUGCGCGUCUCAGUGGGGACACUCUUUCCGACAGGACUAUCGCCAGCUGAUUUUGCUCAAGACGCAGUUCCCACGGGUGCCCUUGCUGGCACUCACCGCGACGGCAACGCCGCCGGUCGUAGACGACAUUAAAAAAAUGCUGCACAUUCCGCACAGCCGAGUGUUUCGAUCACACACGAACCGGGCGAACCUGUUCUACCACGUCGUCCACAAGCCGAAGACAAGCGAGGAGCAGAUACGACUCAUUGCAGACUUCAUCAGGGCCUUCAACGGCCAAUCGGGAAUCCUCUAUUGCCUUUCGAGAAAGGAGGCAGAAAUACUGUGUGUGGCGUUGAAGCACGACUUCCAAAUAUCGUGCGCCUUCUACCAUGGUGACCUCGACGCUAACAGUCGCCUCGAGAUACACAGGCAGUGGUCGGCAGGAUAUGUGUCUGUCGUCGUCGCGACUGUUGCGUUCGGCAUGGGCAUCAACAAAGCGGAUGUACGGUUCGUUGUCCAUCACUCCCUGCCAAAGUCCGUAGACAACUAUUACCAAGAAACCGGAAGGGCGGGGCGCGAUGGAAGCCCGGCCCACUGUCUGCUGCUCUACCGUCCUUCCGAUGUCAGCAGGCAGUCUGUGAUGGUUUACUGGGAACCAUCUGGCCUGCGUCUGCUCUACGAAAUGGUCCGUUUCUGUUCGGGGCUCGAGCCGCUCAGUAGUGACGCCUGGCGCGGCGGCCGCUGCCGGAGAGAAGCAAUAUGCGCGCACUUUGGCGACGCCGCCGUUUCGUGUGAAAGAAUGUGCGACCGGUGCGCGGUGACGCAGCUGUCUCCGGGGGAGCGAUCGAAUGCCGUUGCAGUGGAUUCCACUUCGGCUUCGAGGCAGGAGACAGCGGUGAAGAGAGUGCCCGAGAGGACCAGAGGAGCGCAGCAGAACUCGGGAGAAGUCAACGUAGGCGCUCUCCGGGAGGCCGUCGGAAUGAUGUUUCGUGUGCUUGAAGGAGCAGACGAGAAAGAAAAGCAGGCUGACGCUGGAAAGAUGACACUGCUGCAGUUGCAAACUGAGUGGAAGAAAAAACUGAAGCGCAAAGACUUCGGAUCUCGUGCAUUCCCCGCAGAUGCCGACGUCCUUCAGGCUAUCUUGGUCAAUCUUGUCUGUCUCGACUACCUUUCAGAAACAUUCUCUCAUACGCCGUAUAGCACGAACUCAUACCUGCGGCUCAAUCCAAAAGCUCGACGGUGUCUCUGCCAAUUACACUCUCAUUGUGCCGAUGAGGUACUUUCUGAUAUUGACGCUCGCAUCUUGGCUGGUAGUCCCGGAUUUUUAACCAACUGGAACGACUGCGGUCCUGUCAGAGGUCCACAAGGCCAUCCGACGAAUUGUUCGCCGUCGCAGAGCCGUAAAAAGCGGGACGGGGGGGCGACCACAGACGGAGACUGCGGUGCCACCCUGAAGAAAACUGACCUGCAAUUUGGGAGAGGCUCGAAGUACACUGGAGUUAUCCGGUCCACUCUCGAGCAAUUGGCGAUGAGUAUGGGGCGCCAGAAAGGCGUCUACGCAUCGUGCGUCCUUGGCAACAGCGAAAUUGACAGGCUUUGUCUCCACCUUUGCGGUGAGCGAUCAGAUGCAACUCGUGUGGCCCAAAGAUAUGCAGAAGGACGCAGCGCGGAAACAGGCGUGCCUUCUCAGCAAACCGGAACAGAUGACGGGGCCCUGUGCCUCGAGAGUCAACGCGCGGCUGGAAGCUGGGCGGCAACUUUGCAGGCCGCCGCAUUGGGAAGCUCGGUGAAACUGCCUCCUCCGGAAGUGAUACUUGGGCCAGUGCUCGCGGCAAGAAAAGUCGAGCUAUACGGCGACGACAUUGUCCGCGCUUGUGUUCAGUCCUUGCGAAAGCAACCCAGCAACGCCCUAUCCUGUCAUAUUUUACAGGGGUAA